AUACACCAUUAAAACCUCAUUAAAAAUACGACCAUUUGGUGUGAAUUUUUCGGGGUAAAUCAGUUCAGUUGUGGGUGCAAUGCACCUUUUCUGAAUAAUUUAAGGUGCAAUUGUUAGAACGCAGCAGAAGUUCACUGAUUUGAGGCCCGGUCCAACCAUGAGGUUCCUGCUUCCACUGCUCGCGGUGGCAGUGGUUUUGCUGGUACCGCAAGCCAUAAUCGCCCAAGGCUCGGACAAUUUUGAGGAGAGCGAUUUUGCCGAAUUCGAAGACUUUGACGAAGACGAGUUUGUAGUUGACGAACCACAGCAAGGGCCGGGUGCCCCGCAGCCAUCCGGUGGCCAAAGCGAUGGCCGAGCUGGAAAUGGCCAGCCAAAGCAUCAGCCAAAACCUGCCGCAGGUCCGGUCCCAACGCAGGACCAUGAGGACUUUAUGGAAAUCGAGGACGAUCAGGACGAUUUAGACGAAGCGAUCGUGGAGAACGAAGACAACGAGUUUGAGCAUUUCCAGGACGAGGAGGAGUUUGAGGGUUUCUCGAGCACAAUCGGCGAUCAGGAUGAACUGCGACCGGGUGACACGGUAGGCAAACAGACGGAACCGAAGCUAACGAUUCCGAAAGUGCCGAUCCACUUUCGAACGCACUGGGACUCGUACUGGAUGGAGAUGCUCAUGCUAGCCGGUCUGCUGGCGUACUUCGCCAACUAUCUGGUAGGGAACAAGAAAAACUCUGCCAUCGCUAACCAGUGGCUGUCGAUACAUCGCACCCUGCUGGAAGACAACUUUGUGCUGGUCGGUGACGAUGGCAAGAAAGAAACGGAGGGAUCGACCUUUAGCUUUAACAAAGAGAGCGAAAGUGUGUACACCCUGUGGUGCAGUGGACGGACUUGCUGCGAGGGUAUGUUGGUUGAGCUUAAAAUGAUCAAACGGCAGGAUCUGGUAUCGUUGAUUGCGGGCAUCAUGAAACCGGUACAGGAUCAGCUGCAUAUCAAAGUUGAACUGUCGGCUGAUGCGUCGGAUAAUUUUGUAUUUUGCGUCGCAACCCGCAAACAGGCCACGAAGAUGUUCAAAGAGUUGAACGAUUUGAGUAAGUACUGUUGUCUAGUCAGUAAGGCCGAGGACAAGUACGGCGUUCCCGGGUUUUCACUGUUAUCGGAGAUUCCCGAAGCAUCCGCUAGUGUAUUAGAUGGUAGGGUAGUGGCAGCACUCAACAAGUACUCGCACCUGAUCGAUUAUGUUCACGUUUCGGACCAGUUCAGUGGUCCGAUCCAGCAAGAGGAUCCGAACCAACUGAAGCGCCCGGAUGUGAAGCGCAUCCUGCACUGCGGCUUUAACGUGCCAGUUAAAGGCGAUUUGGAAGAGAUGAAACCGCUAUUGAUACUCGUUUUCUACCUGAUGGAUCGUUUGCGAAGAUUCAAACUGUCCAAGGAGGGAAAAGCCAAAUCGGACAAAAACCGAGCGAUGGUGGAGGAAGAGUUCAUGAAGAACACCCAUCAGGCCCGCGCCGAAGCAGCGGCCUUGCGUCGCGAAGAGAAACGUAAGGCUGAAAAGGAGAAGAUGCUGGCCGAGGAGGACCCGGAAAAGCAGCGGCGUUGGGAGAAAAAGGAGCAGAAGCGUCAACUCAAAAAACAAGCCCCCAAGAUGAAGCAGCUUUCGAUCAAAGCUCUGUAGUAAAGGGCGUAUGACCGAGCGUUCGAGAAAGUGGCGACCUUCUGUUGCUGGAAACAUUUAACAUCGUUCGAAACAUAGUCCCGCCAUUGACUCCGUGCAACCGAAGCCUCUGUUUACCGUGUUUCAAUUCGCUCGCACUUUGGGGAAUAAAAUUCGAACACAACGCAGCCAGUCAAAACGUAUAUUUUCCUUCUCUGGUGGGUCGGCAUUGGGAUGCCGCCAAAGAUUCGCACAAAGAUUUUAAUAACAUCACAAACAGAGUUUAACAUAUUUGUAUCUCACACUAUUACCUGCAUCGUUUGUACGAGAAAAAACCGCGGUUCGAUUUUUGAGCGUUUUGUAUAACCUACACACUAUCCAAAUCCUCUCUGACUACCAAGAUAAGACAAUACACUGCAUCUCCCUAACCAUCCGUUUUGAACGAUUCGGUUUGAAUAAUAAUCAUGAUACAAAAGUCCACCCUAAUGUUUUCAUGGUGCCAAAUAUUUGAUUGGUGGGGUAGUGUAACCUUAUUUUUACUAUUCUGUGUGUGUAACGUGCGCCAGCUACGUACCGGGUCUACAUUUGAUUUCAGUCAGCGCUGUGGUUUUUCCAAGAACAUCCGAAACGUGCGUAAUCAGUCAUGUAACUCUAGCUACACAAUAUCCAAUAAUACCUACAGUAGUAAUAACAAUCAUAAAGUGUAUCUUACUGGAUACAUGUUAAGUGCUUGUUGCUCGCGCGCUGCUAUGACCGUGUGCCGUGUCGCUCAUCCUUUUCGACCAAAAGAGUCGCUACAGUAGAAUCGGACGGGAAGAGUUUGAUUGAGUUUGGAAAUUAGCGCUUGAAAACAUCUUCUCCGCACAGUAGAGCCUUGUUUAGAGCCGAAUAUGUUACUGGUUUUGAGUAAUAAGAUUCACAGCUGGUUAAGAAGUUUUGUCCUUUAGAGAAACAAGCUGUAAGUACAAAGUUGCUCGCACCGAAUCAGCACACGCUUGCUCAUUGUCUACACCCAUUAAAAUUAAUUUUUUCUCUCCCUGUUUUGAGAUGAAAUAUAUUUGGCCGACCCCUGUUCCGUGUCACGUACACGUUGUCAUUUAGAUGUGUUUAGGCAAACAUGAUAUCCUACUUCUAAUCUCUCCUUAAGAUGAUACUUUGCCAAAUUUGGUUUUCCUGACCCCCUGCUACAACAUGGAGAAAUUGUCAGAAUGUUAGGGAAAGUGUUGUGUUAGAAUAUGUUCUUGUUAGUACAACGGGAAAUUGAAACCAGCCGCUCAUUAUCAGCUAUCGGCCGCGCUAGGUACUGAAACAAGAAAAUAAACAACAACAUUUAAAUAUAUAUUUGUAUAUCUUUAUGCUACAAAUUCGUCCCUGCUUCAACGUGCAACGUUAAAAGUGUUCCUCUUGCUCCUCUGGCGUCGAAUUCUGCCA